AUGAUAAAGAAAUUCGACACAUUUUUUGUUUCUUUUCACACAUUUACGCUCAGUUUUUAUUUAUUCGUCACGCGAGACAGCAGCAAAAUAAAAAUGCUCAGUUCAUUGAGGAAAUUUGGCUCUCUUAAUCCAUAUGUGCUUAAAAGGCAGUCAGCUGUUUUGAGGCUUUUCGCAUCACAACCAACCAAAAAUUCACCAGAAAAUGGAUCAAAAAAUAAAAAUCCAUCAUUUGUUCACAACAUUUUUAGAGGACAACUCGAGCAUUCUGAACUGUUUCCAUAUCCAAUGCCUCUGAAUGAUGAGCAGCUUGAGACAAUUCAAGCAUUGAUACCUCCGAUGGAGAAUUUCUUUUUGAAUGUUAAUAAGCCAGAGAUUAGUGAUCAGAAAGGGGAAUUCGAUCCGAAAGUCAUCGACGCCCUUUGGGAACUUGGUGGAUUUGGCAUUGCAGUUCCUGAAAAAUAUGGUGGUCUUGGACUUAAUUACACUCAAUUAGGUCGACUUACAGAUGCAGUUGGUGGAAACGAUUUGGCUAUUGCAACAAUGCUUGGUGCACAUCAGUCUAUUGGAUACAAGGGCAUCCUUCUCUACGGAACAGAAGAGCAGAAAGCCAAAUAUCUCCCGCAAGUCUCAAGUGGAAAAGUCUUCGCAGCUUUUGCACUUACAGAGCCAUCAGCAGGCAGUGAUGCAGCAGCAAUUAAAACCAGAGCAGUUAAAUCAUCUGAUGGCAAGCACUACAUCCUUAAUGGCUCUAAAAUUUGGAUUACAAAUGGCGGAUUUGCUGAAAUCAUGACAGUCUUUGCACGAACUGAAAUUGUUGACGAAAAAGGAGUAAAGAAGGACAAACUUACUGCAUUUGUUGUUGAGAGAGGAUUCGGUGGAGUUACAAGUGGUCCAGCAGAGAAAAAGUUGGGAAUUAAGGCAUCAAAUACGACUGAAGUGUACUUUGAGGAUGUAAAAGUUCCAGUAGAAAAUGUUCUUGGAAAUGUUGGUGAUGGAUUUAAAGUUGCUGUAAAUGUGCUAAACAAUGGACGAUUUGGAAUGGGAAUGGCAUUAGGUGGAACAAUGAGGAUGUGCAUACAACGUGCUACUGAUCAUGUCACUCAACGUGAAACCUUUGGCAAUAAACUCGAGACCUACGGCGGUGUUCAAGAAAAAAUAGCAAGAAUGUCAAUGCUUCAAUAUGUCAACCAAUCGAUAGCUUACAUGCUCUCUGGUAAUAUGGAUCUUGGAUCUAAUGAUUUCCACCUCGAAGCUGCCAUUUCAAAAGUAUUUGCAUCCGAUAGUGCUUGGUAUAUCUGUGAUGAAACAAUUCAGCUACUUGGUGGAAUGGGAUUCAUGACUGACACUGGUGUUGAGAGAUUUUUGAGAGAUUUGAGGAUAUACAGGAUAUAUGAAGGAGCUAAUGACAUUUUAAAGCUUUUUGUUGCACUGACUGGCAUGCAGUAUGCUGGAAAUCAUUUAAAGGAAGUACAAAAAGCUCUCAAAAAUCCAAUUGGCAAUCUUGGGUUGAUUUUCAAGGAAGCAUCAAAGAAAUAUGGAUAUGGAGGUGUAGACAUGACAGCACUAGCGCAUCCAUCACUCAAUUCAUCAGCUAAACUUUGUGGUGAAAGCAUUGAUGCCUUUGGACGAGCUGUGACGUCAUUACUUAUUAAAUAUGGCAAAAAUAUUGUCCACGAGCAGUUCCAUCUCAAUAGAAUAGCAGAAUCAGCAAUUGAUAUCCAUGCCAUGGCUUGUGUGCUGUCCAGAGCAUCAACAUCUAUCAAAUUAAACUUACCGUCAGCUGAUCAUGAGAGACUUAUGGUUGAUGCUUGGUGUGUUGAGGCACAUGAUCGAGUCCAAGUAAAUAUGAGAAAGAUUCAAAGCUCAGAUUUUAAUGAAAAUUUCAAAAGAAUGGCACAAAUUUCAAAGAAUGCUUGCGAAGCUAAGGAUGUCGUGCAGAAGCAUCCAGUUGGAUUUUAA